CCCCGUCAUCUUUAGCUCGAGGUAUAGCUCAAAAUGGCUGUAGACAAACAGUUAUGAAGGUCUGCCGUUCUACAAGAAAUGAAUAUGUCGCAAUUGACAAAUUAACGAAGAAGCCUCCAAAACAACCAGGGAUACAGGGGCCCGUGGAGAGGUUCAGGGAGAGGAGCAGACCUCUGGCACCGACCCUGGAAGAGAGGAGGGACCACCACAUAGAAAGAAGGGGCCACAACAGAAGGAGGACGGAACAAUGCCAUUGUGUGUCCAUGCAUGACUCCAACACCACCAGCUGAUGACACGACGGUGGUAGGCCUGAUCACCGACGACGACGAGACAGCCUACAGGGAGGAGGUCAGAGACCUGGCUGUGUGGUGCCAGCACAACAAGGCUCAGAAAAUUGCCAAAGACCCAGCCACCCAAGCCAUAGACUGUUCACUCUGCUACCGCAUGGCAAGAGGACAUCUGCCUUGGGACAGAGCCAUGACCAGUCUGGAGCCAAACAGAAGACUGGACUCCACACUCUGACUGAAACCUUCAAGCACAAAACUGAGACAGGUCUAGGUCUAGACCUCCAUGCCAGGCCAGAUGAUGAAGAGCCUCCAGUUCAGAAGCAUCGCCCCCAAGGCCCCAGCAGCAGUGGUUCCCUCCCCAGCCGCCAUCCUGUCCUGCCAACACCCCUCUGCCCUCCCGGAGGCAGCCUCCACAGCCUCCACAGCCGUCAGCCCCAAGUCUAUCCUGGUCCCGGCCCAGAACUAUGCCCUGAUGCAGGUGGCAGGGCAGGAGGGUACUUUCUCUCUGGUGGCCCUGCCACCCUCCGUAUCCCCUCAGUCGCCACAGCAGCAACAACAGCAGCAGCAACAACCAAUCCAGAAGAACCUGAAGCUGCCCAUCCCCAGGUACCAGCCAAUGAAGACCAAGAACACCCCGGAGAAGGUCAAAUCAGCCACGCCCACCGCUGGCAGCGCCAGGGGGGUGAAGACACCCACCAAGGUUGCCUUGACAACCCGGGACCAUCGGUCAAUAGCAGCCGUAAAGAAGAAGAUGUUGUUGGCUGAGCCCAAGGAGGAGCCAUCAGAACAGGUCACACUGAUCGCCUCCUCAGCCUCCUCUGAGCUCUCCGCCCUCACAGCCCUGCUCCCAGACAACGCCAUGCUCUACUCUGGCUCUCCGCUGGAGCGAAUAGCAGUGGUGGACACCACCCCCGACCACCGGUCCACUCCUGCCCACGCCCCCGGCCUUGUCACCAGCAUGCUGCAGAAACUCCACUACCCAUCUGGUGGCAUUACUAAAAGUUCCCCGAUCGAACCAUCACAGGAGGAGAGCAGCGGUAAGGUUGCUAUCAGGCCGUGCCAACCCAAGCCUGUAGCCCAACAGCCCCAUCCACAGCCAGCUAGUAACAGCAUCACUGUCCUCUCUCCAGCCAUCUUCAGCAAAGCUGUCCAGAUCAUCCCCUCCCCAACCAAGGGCAAGCUGCCCAUCCUUCCCUACUCCAAGAUGAAAAGCACCCUCAUACCCACCGCCAAACUCAACCUCAAUGCCAUGUCCCCCAAGAAGGCUUUCCCUAGCCAGCCCGACCUCUCCCCUUAUCCCUCUGAUCCCCAAUCCAAGACCCCGGAGACUGCUGAGGCCCUAUGUCAGAACCACAUGCCAAACUCCCUACUGCAGAGCCAGCCUCAGGCCAAGACCACAGGCACCCUGUCGCUGCUGGGAACGCUACAGAUCCAGAAACCAUCAGGCAAGAAGAGGGGGAGGAAGAGGAAGACAAUGGAGGACAUUCUGGCCUUUGAGGCGAGGAAGAAGAGGUCCUUGUCAUUCUUUCGGAGGAGGGUGCCAGAGAAGCCUUCUCUCUCAGCCGUCAUCUCCUCCCCGCAGUCUAAACAGCAGAGGGAGGUGGACAUCUCUAAGAAGUACCGCAGCAUCAGACCCAAGCCUCACCACAUGCUGCUGAUGGAGACUGUACCCCAGCUGGUCAGCCUGCCCUCCCUCACCUCCUCUGACAGCCUGGAUUCAGAGCUCCUCGUGGGGCAUCAGCUCUCUGCCGAGGUCCUGGAGUCCGGUCCUCCCCAGCCCCAGCCAGCCUCUACCCCGCUAUACCUGAAAGGGGGCCCUUCACAGAGGGUUUACCUGGGCAGUAGCCAGCCCCUCCACCGCUGCCCUACCUGCAGCCGCUGCUUCCAGUUCAAACACCACCUCCAGAGCCAUAUGAACAGUCACACCAACAGCAGGCCUUACUUGUGUCCUGUGUGUCGUAAGGCCUAUGCUCACUCUGGCUCCCUCAGCACCCACAUGAAGCUGCAUCACUCUGACGGGAGACCGCGGCGGACGCUUCGCUGUGACUUCUGUGAGAAGGCGUUUGGCUACGUGGGUGUGUACUUCGGCCAUUUGAGGGAGGUGCAUAAGGUCAUCCUGACCGUGGAGCCAUCCGUCAGCCAGCAUGAAGACGACGUGCCUGUGGAGGGGGCCAUGUCUCCAGACCCGGGGGACGAGCAGGGCCAGGAGGAGCGAGAGGACCCGGUGGAGCUCCAGAUCAAGUGUAGCCGCUGUCAGGCCAUCACCCCCACCUUCGCCGACAUGAAGCUACACCUGCUCUAUGUGCAUGGGGAGGAGGUCCAGGUGCGCCUGCGGGACGGGGCUGGGGGGGUGGGAAGGUCACUGCGGGGGGGCCGGGAGGCAGAGGAUGAGCUGGUGAAACACGCCGCCCACUACUGGCGCCAGCUCAAUGAGAAGAGGAACCUAGUCCGGUGUGGGAGCUGUGAUGAAGAGUUCUUCUCCUUCUCCAAGCUGAAGCGUCAUAUCCUCUCCCACCACAAGGGGGGACCGGAGGAUGAUGGAGAGGGGGAGCCGACUGGCCCCUCAGCCCGGGGAGGGAGAGGGGUCCUGAGGCAGGGAUUGGUGUUUAACUGUGUGCUGUGCAGCCAGGUCCUGGACAGUAAAGAGGAGCUGAUGGAGCAUUGGAGGGGCCACCACCACUGUGAGGAGACCCAGGUACUCUGGGAGGCCCUCGGCUCCUACUCGGGGGAAAGGGGGAUGGACUCGCCCGACCACAGCACAUGUUAACAUGGCACUGGACACGUUCCAGGUCAUCUCUGUUGCAGUCACGCUGCACAUCUCAGAAUAUUGACUUUACUUAUUCCUUCUAGCCUGUAAGGAAGCGAAUUGCCAGAACAGUGCAUUUAAAAGAUUGAUAUAUCAUAUCAAUGUGGUUUCUGAGAUGUUAAACACUUCUCCAGGCGUUGUGAGAUCUUAUAAUCGGGGCAGGCUGACUACAAUAAAUAUGACCUUGAACCUUGAA